CAUCUGUUGUUCAACUUAGAGGUUGUUAGUGAUAAGAAAUGAUAACAGAAACCGAUUUGCGUAUGAAAAAAAUUGCGAGAGUGAGAGAAUUCUCUUCUAUCUAGUGAAAAUCGAUUGGUACCUUUAGCUAUUCUGUUCUGUCAUCUAUCAGUAUCAAAAAAUCUAACAUCAUGGAUUAUAUUUACAAAUAUGAAGACUCAAUGCGUCAGUGUGGAACUUUAUUCACAGAAAACAUCCUUAAACUCUGCAACUAUUCCAUGUGUCUACUGUCAUCCUCGAUUUCAUCAUACGAUGAGUCCUCUGAACGAGUUAAAGAAUACAAAAUUUUAAAGAAGAAACUCGACACAGCUCAAGAAAGUAUUGAUAAGUUAAAAUCGGAAUAUAAUGAUUUAACUCUACGCUUUAUAAAGUCUACCUCAUUUGGAACUAAUUUUAAAGAAACGUAUUUCAACUACUUAGAUCGCCAAGAGGAGUUGAGAUUGAAAUUCAUUGAAAUAAUCAGUGAGUGCAAACGUAUAAGUUUGCGUUUGGAUGAUAUUCUACGCGAUAGUUCUAAUGAAGAAUUAAACGAGAGUUGUAAUCAAAAUACAUCGAAACGUGGUCGUUCAAAUACAGAUGAUGGAUUCGAUUUGUCUUCAAUUCCCAAAGCAUAUGUUUUAUUGCCAAAACUUGAUUGUGGCUAUGCGGUGAUCCUUUUACUUCGGAUAGUCACCAUCUUGAGUCUAAUUCGUUUCCAAACGAACAUGCUGAAGAGUUGUGUAUGGCUACUGCUGCUUCUGCCUCCAAAUCGCUGGAAGUUUCAUCUUCAGAUUUGAAUAGCGAUGUAGCUGUGAAAAAAUGCAACUCAACAACCGUUUUAGAAACAAAGAAAUUGAAAAAUUGGGCUUCUUCGAAACAAAACGAAGGUUCUAAUCUUAGCCAAUCGUUGGUCUGCAAAAUUUGUCAUCAGAAUAUCUGUAACAAACGCAUGAUGAGAAGACACAUGUUUUUGCACGAAGGUUUAAAACCUUUCGAAUGUGCCGAUUGCGGCCAAUCAUUUACAAGGAAGGAAAAUAUGAAGUCACAUAUAUUUUCAAUGCAUAUGCCCUAUCAAAGCAGACCAUAUAAAUGCGAUAUUUGCAGCAAAUUUUAUUCAUAUCAGAGAGAUCUGAAGAAUCACAGAUGCUCAACAUCUACAAUACCAAAGAAAGUUUCAGAUGGUCGCCAAUCUCUCGUUUGCAACAUUUGCCAUAAACAUUUCAGUCACCAACAAAGCCUCAAAAGACAUAUGUUAAUUCAUGAAGGUGUGAAACCAUUUGAAUGUGCUGAAUGCGGUAAAUCAUUUAGAAGAAAAUAUGAUAUGAAUCAACAUAUCGGACAAUAUUGCUCUGCAAAAUUGUCCGAAUUUACGUCUGCAGAUGUAGAUGACGAUGUAACCAUUAAGGAACGCGAUUCAACUACUGUUUUAGAGGCCAAGAAAGUUGAAAAGUUAGUGUCAUCGAAACGGAAGAAAAACUCGAUAUUGAACGAGAGUUGUAAUCAAAAUACAUCGAAACGUGGUCGUUCGAAUACAGAUGAUGGAUUCGAUUUCUCUUCCAUUCCCAAAGUAUAUGUUUCAUUGCCAAAACUCGAUUGGGGCUAUGGCGAUCCUCUUACUUCGAAUAGUCUCCAUAUUGAGUCUAAUUCGUUUUCAAAUGAGCAUGCUGAAGAGUUUUGUACAUCUGCUGCUGCUUCUGCUUCAAAAUCGCUAGAAGUUUCAUCUUUAGAUUCGAAUAACGAUGUAGCUGUGAAAAAAUGCAACUUAAAGACUGUUUUUAAAACCAAGAAAUUGAAAAAUUGGGCCUCUUCGGAACGAAAUGAAGCUCCUAAUCUCGGCACAUCAUUGGUGUGCAACAUCUGUCAUCAGAAUAUCGGUAACCAAGACCAGAUGAGAAGACACAUGUUUCUGCACGGAGAUUUAAAACCUUUCGAAUGUGCCGAUUGCGGUAAAUCGUUCACAAGGAAAGAAAAUAUGAUGGUACAUAUAUUUUCAAUGCAUAUGCCCUAUCUAACAGUAAACAUACCAUAUAAAUGCGACCCUUGCAACAAAUUUUACUCAUCUCUGAGCGAUCUGAAUAAGAACAGAAGCUCAACAACUCUAAGGGAUCAUUCAACACAAGUUUCAAAUGGUUGCCAAUCUCCCGUUUGCAACAUUUGCCGCAAAAAUUUCUGUAACCAAAGAAAUCUUGAAAAACAUAUGUUAAUUCAUGAAGGUCUGAAACCAUUUAAGUGUGCUGAAUGCGGUGAAUCAUUCGGAAGAAAAUUUGUUAUGAAUCAACAUAUCACUGAAUGUCACACUCCCUAUCACACUCGACCGUAUAAUUGCGACGUUUGUGGAAAACGUUAUGCAGCUCAGUACCGUCUAAAUAGACACAAACGCCUUUCUGGACAUUAUUGCUCUUCAAAAUUAUCCAAAUUUACAUCUGCAGAUGUAGAUGAUAGUGUAAGUGUUAUGGAUUGUGACUCGACUACUGUUUUGGGUGACAAGAAAGUUAGAAAAUUGGUGUCAUCAAAACAAAAGAAAAACUCAAAUCCGAGCCAGUUUUUUGUUUGUAAGGUUUGCAAUCGAAAUUACAGCACGCGGCAUAGUCUGAAAAGACAUUUGAAUUCGCAUGAAGGUUUGAAACCAUUUAAAUGUGCCGAAUGUGAUAGAUCCUUUGCGAGAAAACAUGAUAUGAAGCAACAUAUAAUUGUGGUGCACAUCAAUGAUCUGAGGUUUCUCGACACUCGUUAUUACUGCGCGCAUUGCAAGUAUCGAUGUCAAUCAAAAGAAAGCUUAGUUUAUCAUAUCAAGAGGAACCAUGUAUCGAAUUUAUGUCUUGAUGAAUUUAGCUGCUCUACAUGCGGAAAAACAUUUAAGCGACGGUAUGACAGAAAAGUGCACGAGCAAAGGGUUCAUGUCGAAAAGAAAUGUUUCUGUUGUAUGAAUUGCGGUAAUCGAUACAAGCACGAUAGUGGUCUUAUAAAGCACUUGGAACUUGAACAGUGUGUGCUCGAGUAGUUCAGUAUGAAUAAUCUCUUCUUUUUGGUGACUGUAAGAUUGCCCUUUAUUUUUAUUUUAAUACGGCAAAUUUACAGCCAUUUUACAGUGUUUUUGUUUGCUUUUCAAUUAAUCGAUGUACCUCUUGAAACUGUGUUCAUUUUUGCAGUUAGAUAUUCUUUAUUUCAAUUUGAGUUGGUUAUUGCAAUGGUGUCACUAAUUAAAUUUGUUUUUCAUUUUA